AUGACGGAUCAGGAGCAGGUGAGUGUUACUCCGCAAGGAGGUUUCAGUUUCCCCAAGGAGGAAGAAGAAGUUAUCAAGCACUGGGAUAAAGUGGAUGCAUUCCAGAGAACAUUGCAACUCACCCAGGAUUUGCCACCGUUUGCCUUCUUUGAUGGUCCGCCUUUUGCUACAGGAACUCCCCAUUAUGGGCACAUCUUGGCCUCUACAGUGAAGGAUAUCAUCCCUCGUUACGCUACAAUGAAUGGGUACCAUGUGGAAAGAAGGUUCGGGUGGGAUACCCACGGUUUGCCAGUUGAGCACGAGAUCGACAAGAAAUUGGGCAUCACUUCCAAGGAGGACGUUUAUGCCAUGGGUAUCGACAAGUACAAUGCCGAGUGUAGGUCCAUCGUUAUGAGAUAUGCCGACGAAUGGAGAAGAACCAUCAAGAGAUUGGGCAGGUGGAUCGAUAUGGACAAUGACUACAAGACCUUGUACCCCGAGUUUAUGGAGUCGGUGUGGUGGGCGUUCAAGCAAUUGUUUGAGAAGGAUGCUGUAUAUAGAGGACUAAGAGUCAUGCCCUACUCAACGGGCUGUACCACCCCGUUGUCCAAUUUCGAAGCGCAACAGAAUUAUAAAGAGGUCAAUGACCCGGCCAUCACCAUUGCAUUCCCCUUGGUCGAUGACCCAGAUACCAUCUUGGUUGCCUGGACAACUACUCCAUGGACGUUGCCGGCAAACAUUGCCUUGGCAGUCAACCCUGCAUUCACCUAUGUCAAGAUCUACGAUGAAAAGGCCAAAAAGCACUAUAUUCUCUUGGAAGAGUUGAUCAGCACGCUCUACAAAAAGCCAGCUCAAGCAAAGUACAAGGUGGUGGAAAAGAUCCCUGGCGACAAGUUGGUUGGCUUGAAAUAUGUGCCCUUGUUUGACUACUUUUAUGAUACUUUCAAGGACUAUGGUUUCAAAGUCAUCCCAGGUUCAUACGUUACCAACGACUCGGGUACUGGUAUUGUGCACCAGUCUCCAUCGUAUGGUGAAGAGGAUUUCAACUGUGCCACCGCUGCUGGUGUCAUUAAUGAAAAGAGACCUCCUCCCAGCAUCGUCGAUGAUGUUGGUAAAAUGACGGCCGAUGCCAAAUUGGUGAGCGGAAUGUAUUUCAAGGAUGCCGAUAAGGUCAUCAUCAAAACUUUGGUUGACCAAGGUAGAAUCUUGGUCAACUCUCAAUCUAAGCACUCGUAUCCGUUCUGUUGGAGAUCAGAUACCCCCUUGAUGUACAAAACGGUUCCCGCGUGGUUCGUUAGAGUAGGUGAAGUUAUUCCAGAGAUGUUGGACAAUGUUGAGAAAACCAACUGGGUGCCUUCAAACAUUAAGGAAAAGAGAUUUUCAAACUGGAUCGCAAAUGCCAGAGACUGGAAUGUUUCCAGAAACAGAUACUGGGGUACCCCGAUCCCAAUCUGGGUCAGUGACGACUUUGAAGAAAUUGUUUGUGUGGGCUCCAUUGACGAGUUGAAGCAAUUGUCUGGUCGUGAUGACAUCACUGACAUCCAUCGUGAGAGCAUCGACUCGGUGACCAUCCCAUCAAAGAAGGGUAAAGGCGAUUUAAAGAGAAUCGAAGAAGUGUUUGAUUGCUGGUUCGAAUCCGGUUCCAUGCCCUACGCAUCCAAGCAUUACCCAUUUGAAAACAAGGAUAAAUUUUUGAACGCAUUCCCUGCAAACUUUAUAUCUGAAGGAUUGGAUCAAACCAGAGGUUGGUUUUACACUUUAACGGUUUUGGGUACUCACUUGUUCAAGACUGCGCCUUAUCAGAAUGUUAUUGUCACAGGUAUCGUUUUGGCUGCCGAUGGUAAGAAAAUGUCGAAGCGGUUGAAGAAUUAUCCUGACCCGGGCAUCGUUUUGGAGAGGUAUGGUGCAGAUGCUUUGAGAUUGUACUUGAUCAACUCGCCUGUCUUGAGGGCGGAAACGUUAAAGUUCAAAGAGGAAGGUGUCAAGGAGAUUGUUUCGAGUGUUCUUUUGCCAUGGUACAACUCGUUCAAGUUCUUCAAAGAUAGUGCCGACUUGUUUGAGAAAAACACCGGCACCAAGUUUGUUUACGACGCUAGCUUGAAAUCGGAAAACGUGAUGGAUAGAUGGUUGUUGGCCUCGAUCCAAUCUUUGAUCCAGUUUAUCCACGAAGAGAUGAAGGGUUACAGAUUAUACACUGUUGUUCCAAGAUUGCUUCACUUUAUCGACGACUUGACCAAUUGGUACAUCAGAUUCAACCGUCGUAGAAUCAAGGGUUACGCAGCCGAGGAUAUCGAUGACACCAAAAAAGGUCUCAACACUUUAGUUGAAGCCUUGUUAAUCUUGUCGAGAGCAAUGGCCCCUUUCACUCCAUUUUUGGCUGACGGUAUCUACCAAAGAAUCAAGGAGUAUUUCAGUGAAAAGACAUUGGCAGGCGUCACCGUUAACCCAAAGAUUAAAGAUUUCGGCUCUGUGCAUUUCUUGUCGUAUCCAAGUGUAAGAAAUGAGCUUUUCGAUGAGCAAAUUGAAGUUGCUGUCGGAAGAAUGCAAAAAGUCAUUGAUUUGGGAAGAAACAUUAGGGAAAAGAAUAUGAUUUCACUCAAGACACCUUUGCAGACCCUUGUCAUCAUAAACUCCAACCCCGAAUACCGUAAGGACGUUGAAUCUUUGAAGGAAUACAUCAGCGGCGAGUUGAAUGUUCGUGAUAUCAUCAUCACAGAUGACGAAGACAAAUAUGGCGUUGUCUAUUCCCUACUCGCAGACUGGCCUGUGUUGGGUAAGAGACUCAAGGGUGACUCCAAAAAAGUCAAAGCUGCAUUACCCAAUGUCACCUCUGACGAAGUCAAGGAGUUUGCCAGGAACGGCAAGAUUACAGUUGAUGGAGUUGACUUGUUUGACACUGAUCUUCAAAUUCAAAAAGGCUUGGGCGACAACGCUCAUGGCUUGGAGUGCCGUUCGUCUCAAGACACGCUUGUUUUGCUUGACACCAAUCUUCACCCAGAGUUGGAAAGCGAAGGAUUGGCUAGAGAAAUUCUUAAUCGUAUUCAAAGAUUACGUAAAAAGGCAGGAUUGCAGUCUACUGACGACAUCAUUGUUGCUUACAAGCUCAUUCAGGAUAAAAUGAAUUUUAAAGACUGUGUUAGUGCGAAUGAAGAGUUGAUUCUCAAGACUACUAAAUUCCCAUUGAAAGAAGUUGACGGUGACGAAGAUGACGUUGUUGUUACGGAAGAACAGACCAUCAAUGACACUGUGUUUAACUUGUCGUUACUCAGAGUUUAA